AUGUCAUCUUAUACCCAAUACUCGGGGCCUUCUUCUGGGUUUGAUCUCCCUACUUCCUACACCUUCGAGCGACUAGAUGCUGCGGUUUUCGGAACCAUCGUCGAUGUUACUUGCGCGAAUGCCACGGAAUCAUACAGUGUUACGACAACCAAAUACGGUGAUCAAGCAAAUCCUGACGUGGUGCUAUACCAUUUCGCAAAGAACAACGUCAUCAACACCACCGUGUUACAGGACAGAGGCUACGCAUAUCCACUCAGCAUUGGCUCUGUCGUCACCGAACAGAAUGCUGAACCACUUCAUACAUUCCUCUUCCCGGGCGAUGAUGUGGAUCCACCAUUCGUUCUUGAGUGUACAUACGGAGGGAACGAGAUUCUCACCUCAAUCAGCCUUCUAGACCGUGCUUCGCCUCUGCGAGUCAACGGGAUCGUGAAUCAAGGGUCUCCCUUGAAUGUCACUAUGGAGUGGAUACUCUCUAAUAUGACCGACCAAUACAUAAAUAGCUACAGCCACUCCGGUCCAGGAGGCAGCCUGGCAGAUGGUUGGGUUGCGUCGAGCUAUUAUAACUACAAUUUUGGCGACAGCAGCACAUUCACUACGCAGACCAUGAGUACAAUUUUGAGCGAAUUAGGCGAGGCAUAUUUCAGUCUAUUGAGACAGAACUUUGAAUAUGCCAAUCAGAUUCGUACUGCCGGUGAAAUGGCUCAAAGCGGUAGCUUUGUGAAGAUGGUGGUUUCGGUCCUUCGGGUGGGUGGCUCAUCCAGCGCUUGGCUAAUUAUUUAUGCGUUGAUGUUCAUCGCCGCCGUGCCUGGAGCUGUCAUGGCCGCGGUAUAUAGGCACGUUUUGCCAUGGUCACCUCAGGAUGCCGUCGAGAUAUUACAGAAAUCUCUUCCUAGGGCAGGCGUUGAGGAGCUAAGUUCACUACAGUACCGAAACCGAUUUGAACUUGUCCAUCGGAAUGGCGCGAGACAACCGCAGGUACAGCAGACAGGGUUCACUGGCCGUGGCUAG